UCAUCUGUACCACUUCUUCAUCGUGAUUUUGUAACCUGUUUGUCAGAGAAAAUCAUUUCCUGUGUAGGUUUAGCACGGUUUAAGAAACACUACUGAUAUUUCUCUCAUCUGUGAAGACGAACAAUGGACUUAGAUAGCAUUUAUCAAAAUAUUGAAACUGAAGAUGUAAAGAACACAGGUGGACCUCAAAUACAGAGUCGAAGCCAGGAUGAAGGACAAACUCAAAAGCAAAGAGGAAGAACAUGUUUCGUGUGGAUGACAGUGUGUCUCGGGAUCAUUUGUGUUCUUCUGCUGGUCUUCAUCAUAGUGCAGCACAUCUCCAUCACAUCAGAGAGAGACCUGCUCAGUAGUUACAAGAACACAGCUGAAGAGUUCAAUCAGACCAUCAACAGCUUACAGCACAAGAACACUGAACUAGCACUGAAGAAACUGAAGUUAGAAUACGAACUAAGGAAGUUAUACGAACACGGCAAAGGCAUGUUUUUCAUAUCCAGUGAGUCGAAGAACUGGUCUGAGAGCAGGCAGUACUGCAUGGAUCGAGGUGGUGAUCUGGUCAUUAUCAAAAAUGAAGUGAAGCAGAGGUACAUAUCUUCUUUAGUCAAGGAGAGAGCGUGGAUUGGUUUGACUGACAUACAGCAGGAGGGCAACAUGAAAUGGGUGGAUAACUCAAUACUGAGUCAAGGGUUUUGGGAAGAAACUGAGCCGAAUGACUCGGGUGGAGAAGACUGUAUUGAAAUUAAUCCUACAAGCCCCGUCCUGAACAACUGGAAUGACGAAUCAUGCUCAUCGAUGAGAAAAUGGGUUUGUGAGAAUGUCACAUCCGUUCCUGCAUCUUCAUGAUGGUUAAUAAUGCUUUGACUUUGAUUUUUCAGCUUUAUUAUUUUAACUGCAUCAUUUCUGCUGAAGGUGCAUGUCAGCAAAACCUGCCAGCAAAACCUGUCACCAAAUAAUUCUAACAAAUUUUAUGCUUUCAUUUUUUUGUUCCUUUUAUGUAAUUUCCGAAAUUAAGAGUAGCUAUUGAGCUUUAAUCUAUUAGAAGAAAAUAAUAAACCUGCCAUAAAUAAUGUCCUGUUUCUCAUAUUUUUCUGAAACAGAUGGUCUGUGGAUUAACUGAUUUUUUUCCACUCAUUAUUAUUUUAUGGAAGCACUGUAGUCACGACUUUUCUGAUAAUGUGUGUCUGUGAAACUUUUUCUUUGAAUAAAAUAGUCAAUUGUCAUUA